AUGUUGAAUAUUGCGGUUACCACGGCUUACUAUGGCCACCCUGAGAUUGUGGUCAAUAACUUCCCCUGGAAUGAACACACUCGUGAUCUCUACAAGCUUGGGAACAAGGUUAUUGAUUCUCAGACUGAGGAGGAGGUCAUGCAGACACUUGGAAGCUCUGGAUACAUCCGGAAGGGAAUAACGCCAGGACAGAGCAGGAUCAUUGAAGGUGAUGGUCACCAGCUGAAAUAUCGCGACAAUGAGAACGGGGAACCAAUGACAGAGGUUAUCCUCCACAAAGAUACCCGUCUACUUUUAGAAUGGACAAGAACAUUUGGACAGGACAUACGCACAACAACGGUGAAGAUAAAUUGGUCCAAAGGGAGCUAUAAGUGGGUUGAAGAAAAGAUGGUUCAGAGCGACCGUUUUGAGAAAGAGCUGCGUCAGACCGUGACAUUCCAUCAGUACAUUCUGGAGUCAGUCUACCAAGAGGGCUUGAUACACGAUGUGAAAUUAGAACGCUCAGACACCAAGGAGAUUCUCUUUGAGGCACAGCGCUCCUCGACCGCCAUGUCCAUCAGGGACAAUUCUAUGCAGGUCCCUGAGGAGGUCCUUGAGGAGAACACUGAGGAGAACCCUGAGGUAUGGCGGACCAUACCCCUGACUUCUGUCCAUGAGGACAUCCUUCAUCAGAUCUCCUAG